AAAGAUGCUUAGUAUCUGACCAGUUGAUCAACAAGUUGCAUGGACAUUCAUCAAAGAUCUCCACAAUCAAACCUCGUCCCAACGGUCUCCUUCCACCAUGUCAUCUUCUCCUGGCUCUCCAUCGUCUCUGCCAGUAUCACCAACGAAGGAAGCAGCUAUGGCAGUCGAGAAGGAGAAUACUACCCCGGGGACCCCUCUACGAGACACACCAGUCAACGGAUCCAGUAAGGUCGUUGCCCAUGUGGAUGCAGAUCCGCCAAGAAAUCCUGGAGAAGUGGUUCAAGUUCCCAGCACUGCUCCACCCACGGCAGCAUCAGUCCACAAGCCAGAUGAAGCCCAUAAGGUUGAUCAAAUGGAAGCCCAACACGCCAAAGAUGCUGAGGGACCUCCUAGCGAGUCGGAUAGCGUGGGUUCAGAGGGUGCAAGUUCAGACCUGCCCAUCUUUGACUGGGAAGACCUCCGGCGUCGAUACACAAAAGCCAUUCAAGCCGUCAAUCAGGAGGAGGAAGAUAUUCUGGAGGAGUUCUACAAGUUCUCUGACGCUUUCUCUGUCUGGGGGGGAGCGUCAGCAAACCGUGACAAUGAGAGAGCAGCGAAGCGUCUAAAGACUCGCGAGAACUUCGUACGUCUUGGAGAAGCCUCUUUGGACGAGAAAAAGAAGCAUUAUACUGAGGUCGUGGAUGCUUUCAAGAAAGCUCUCGAGUUACUGCGUCGUUGAUGAGGUUGUCUGUCGCUAUUUUUCUGACCACCACCAUAUGGCCUACGACUUCCUACCUGGUACCGUCUGGAGCUAGCUAAACAAAUCUUCCAACCAGCGAGUCCAUCACAUUAUUUAGCAGGGCAAUCCUGUCCAACCCAUAAGAUCUCCUUACCCACGGACUUGCCUCCGGUCCCCAAAGGAUAAUUGGCUACGUGUUCGACAUAUACCCAUGAACGAUAGCACGAGCUCUACGAUAUCAAAACACCUCCCCACUGGCAUUUCUACCUCACGGUUUGGCUGGGCAAUCUGAUAAGGUCCUGCCACCUUCAUGGAAAUGACAAGAGAUAGAAAGGACUGCCUUUACGUGUCUAGUGAGCUACUGUUUCUGGGGAUAUCACAUUACAUUCAUGACUGCAAUCCUCAUACUAAAAAAAUUAUCUCGCAUCGUUGAACAAAGGCGAAAGUCCACCAUUCAACCUUGCGGGACAUUCGAUGGUUUGGCAAG